AAAAAAAAAAUAACGUAGUUGUUUACAAAUUACAAAUAGGAAUAUUUUAAUUUAGUUUUUAGGUAUGUACUAUAUAAUUAAUCCCUAAUAAAUAAGUAAAACUCUCGUGAGCUUAAAAGUAUUAUUUGGUACAACCUAAUAUUUAAAUUUAUUCCUUUCCAUCGUGGCGGCUGACAUUGUACUGGUUACAGUAUAUUGUUAAUAUUUUUAUUGGAUCCAUUUAUUUAUGUGCAUGUGAUGGGAGAUAGAGAUUGGAGACCAUUCAUUUACGGCGGAUUAGCGUCGAUUGUGGCUGAAUUUGGAACUUUUCCAAUUGAUACGACCAAAACUCGUCUACAAAUCCAAGGACAGAAAAUAGACCCUCGUCAUGUGGAACUGCGGUACUCGGGGAUGGUGGACUGUUUUGUUAAGACCUCAAGGCAGGAGGGUGUCAAAGCUCUAUACUGCGGGAUAUGGCCGGCGGUUCUGCGGCAGGCCACCUACGGCACCAUCAAGUUCGGCACCUACUAUUCCAUGAAGCGCAUCCUGGCAGCGCGGCGCGCGGAUGGCGGAGCCCGGGAGCACCUCCCCACCAACACGGUGUGUGCGGCCGCCUCGGGCGGGCUAGCAAGUGCCAUCGCCAACCCCACAGACGUGCUCAAAGUGCGCAUGCAGGUUGGUGAGGAGAAAGGUAGCCUCGUGCGUUGCUUCGUGGACAUCUACCGCAACGAGGGCGUCCGCGGGCUUUGGCGUGGCGUAGGGCCCACAUCGCAGCGCGCUGCUGUCAUCGCCGCUGUGGAGCUCCCCGUCUACGACGCCAGCAAGCGAGCGCUGCUACCCACGCUGGGUGAUCGUCCGCUGAACCACCUGCUGUCGAGUCUGCUGGCCAGCCUGGGCAGCGCCGUCGCCAGUACGCCGCUCGAUGUCAUCCGGACGCGUCUGAUGAACCAAAGAAACGUGAAGGGUGUAGCAGCGGUCGGCGGCGUCAGGAUAUACAAGGGAACCGUGGACUGUCUGCUGCAGACGGUCCGAAGCGAAGGCGGCUCGGCGCUGUACAAGGGGUUCGUGCCCACGUGGCUGCGGAUGGGUCCCUGGAACAUUAUCUUCUUCAUCACGUAUGAGCAGCUUAAGCAGCUCUACUAGCGCUGCUCGCCGUGCCGUGACAUUUGACACAUCAAUAGAGUUGUGCCCCGAACGCAAUACGAUGAAGUGCAAGUCCGCAAACUACGCUUUUAGUUCAAUUUUAUUGUUAAGAAUAAAUGUAUUUUAUUGAGAUAACAUAUAGUAGGUAGGAACCGUUAUAAUAUUGUUUUCGAAUAUUCUUUGCUGACAUACCCGUAGUCGUCUGUUAAAUAAGCCCAUAUAACAGUUUUUUUGCCAAGAAAUGAGGUUUUGUCGAUUUUGUUAAAAUAUCUCGUUAUUAAUACUAACACUGUUCAAAAACAAUAAUAUUUUUCAUACAUAUAUAUUUUGGGCCUCGAUUGUUUAUCUUUGCUCUAAUGUUAAAAAUGACGUAAAGUACUUUGCACGAAAUAUUACUUACUUGAACAAAAAUAUUCUGUGUCUACUUAUGGUACGCACGAUGGAGUUCUAUUUCUUUGCUUAAGCAAAACAAAAGUAACUUCAAAACUUUUAUAUGUGAAUGACAUGACCAAAUGCUUUGACGUGUCGCGACACCUUCUAUCAUCUAACGCCUUGUCGCAACACUAUGGCCACACCAUUAGAUUUAUUAUUGUAAUUAAUUUUUAUACAAAACUGUAGUUCUUUGAUGUCUAGGUUACCAUAAUUACUUGUUGUAAUGGUCGUCAUAAAUAAAGAAAGACGAUAUGAUGAUACACUAUACUCGAGGCUAUUAACCAGCCUAAGCAAACUCUCUAAGAAAAAAGCGAUCGUAUGAAAUGUGCAUUGAUUGGUGGAUUGACAGAUAACGUCUAUAAAAGGCAUAAAAGGCAUUUAUUUUCUCAAAAUUGAUUCCUUUAGAAUUCUUUUUGAUGUCAUUUCUUAUACUACUAGAUACUACUACCGCUUCGGAAACAAAUGGCGCUCUGAGAGAGAAGAAGCGGCGCAAGAAACUCUCCCAGCAUUCUUUUUAUUGCGCUCUUUUCAAUAAAAAUAUACAAUAUUGUACAGUCAUUUCUAUCGCUAUUAAAUAAUCACAAUCUAGUCCCAGGCUGUCCGAUCAUUUAGAUAUUCAGCAGUGGAGUAAUAGGAUUUACGGCACAGCCAUUUUUUUAUAUAACAUUUAAAUUUAUUUAUAGAUAAUGUCUGAACAGUGGCUGGGACUUUAUUGUAGAAGUGUAUAUUACCCUUAAAGCUAUUAUGUAUCUUAUGAAGCAAUGUUAUAAUGUUGUAAAAACGGCAAUAGCCGAAAUCUUCGUCGCCAUAUUGUAAUUACUAUUUCAAACUUAUGUCAAAUCUCACUGCUCGUUUCAUAGUAAACUAAAUUUCUAUUUUUACUUAGGCAGUCGCGCCUCUUACGUUACAUCCUCUUUGGUUGUCGGAAAAUAUUGACGCUGUAAAUACGAAUCGUCAAAAAUAUUUUAUCUCAAUUUUUUAUCCCAAUCACUCCACAGGAGUAAAAUUUCAAAGAAAAAUUAGACAGGCCGACCACAUAUUUGUAAUAUAUUAUAACUGUCGAAUUAUGUUUUCAUUCUUUAGUAAUAGCGGCGGUGUGCUUUUGUAUUAGAGCGUACUGUAAUAUAGUUGUAACUGUGUUAGUUGAAGGCCGAAUAGGCGAAAACCUGUAUAAGAUAUAUUUAUUAUGUAUUUAGAUAAUGUUGUUAAUAAAAUCGAAGAAUUAAUGUAAGUUUACUCGAACGUAAAUUUGUCGUCUUCUCUUUGGUUAUUUUAUAUAGUUUCAUCUUAUCGGCCUAUAGAACUAGAACAUUGAAUAGGUACUCUAAAAGUUUAAUACAAUGAAAAUAGUAGAGGCCCGAGAUAAGGUCCCUGAGGUACUCUUGAAUUAGAAAUAACUAUGGAUGAGAAAUCACCGUUAAUAGAAAAAUUUGAUACCUAUUUGAAAGAUAUAAUUCAACCCAUUUAAAAUAUAGUCGUAUAAAUAAAAUUAUAUGUAUAAAUAAAUAUUUAGAGAAUUACUAGCUGACUCGGCAAACGUAUUGCCAUAUAAAUGAAUAAAAAAUUUACUUGGUAACAAACAUCGCGACAAGCGAAUUUUAUAUAUUAGAAGUAGAAUACAAGUAGUAUAUACAGAGUACAUGAAAAUUUAUAGACAUACCAAUUUUAUGAAACACCAGCGUUUAUUACUUACUAUUGCUUUGUAUAAUAUUCAAUCGCAAUCUUAAAUAGACGAUCUGAGAUUGAUAAUGGAAUCUAUUUUCUGAUUUUAUAUCCGAUGCAUCGAUUGUUAUCUUUAUAUGUUUCUUCCAUCCAUCUAUGGGAGGACAAAUUGGUAUCUUUCAGAUUGAUAUUUGUAUGAAUAUGAGAAAUGAGCGUUUUCUAUAAUGGAUUUGGAAAUUAAGAUAUUGGAAUGCUGAUCUGGAUCCAUUGACGGAUGACAAGCAAUCUGGGUUCAAAAUAAUCUUACAUUAAGAGGUAACAUUAGCUGACGCCUAUCAUAGAUUUAAGAAUUCUACAAAAGACGACUCUAAAUUAUUCAAAGGACAAAGAUUAGCGCGAUUGAACAACUGUAGCUCCGACUGAAAACUAUAAGUAAAAAACUCAAAAAUUAAGCUGUUUUUCCCCGAGCAUUUCCUUCUCAAAAGUAAACAAAUUAUAACGAAAUUUUGGGAAUCGCAUACGAAGGAUAUAUUAUGCUAUUUGGGAAUGUUUUAAUUUCUACGCUUCUUUUAUUGACUUUGUAGGUUAGGCUACUGCUUGCGGCCUAUUUAUUUAAGCCGUUUUAAGUAAUGUAGCAUUUACAAUAUCAAUAAAUGCUAUAUAUACAGAAAGAUAAAAAUGAUAGAAUGACUGCUAUUGUUUCCUCUUAACGAUGGAAUAUUGCAAGCGGUCGUAAGUGGGUUAUUGAGUUCAUAGACCGCCAUUUUGGACGCCAUUUUACAUGAUGGCGAACGUUUGAGAUUAAUCCUGUUUCUCUAUAAAACUAUUCUAUCUACACCCAUGCUUUAAAUCCUCUAUUAAAGAUUCUAAAACAGUUAGCUUAUUGCCAACAAUAAAACACCCGGUGUCCUAAUAACCAUUACAUCAUCCAAACGAGUGUUGUAAUGAAAUUCAGUACAACAUUACAACACUCGCUUGGAUGAUGUAAUGGUUACUAGGACUGGCUUUUUUAAAUGUAAGCCGUAAGCUAACUGUUUCAGAAUCUUUUAUUUUAUUUUUUUUAUUUAUUGUAAAAAAAAACUUACAGCCUAAUUUAAAGAAAUUAGUCAUUAAAUUCAGAAGAAGAAUAUAAGCUAAUUACAAGUUUCCGCAGAUAGAAUUUACAUACGAAAAAGAAAACAGAACACUCAACUGGGAGAAUGAAAAGUAAUAAGGAAUACAGGGGAUAAAAAAUUUCAAAGAAUAAAUACUUACAAAAGCUAUACAAUGAGCGGUAAAAAAAACUAAAAAAAAAUAUGGGUGUAGAUAAAGUCCUGUAUACAACUGUUGAUAAUUAGGUAUUAAAGCACUCAUGUGAUACUAUUAUCACCCACAUUCGUGUUUUAAUACCCUUUAUUACACAACAGUUGCAUAAAUAGCUAUUGUGUUUGUAACUCUGUGAUGUACUGCGUGAGGUGUACGGGGUAUAUUUCACCGGGACACCACGCUGUGUCCCGUGUAACGUGUAUUAUGAUCUAGUGUCGACAUAUCAUGUUUGCUGUAAGGCACAAAGUGCGUUUAGAUUUAAGGCGUUAGACAUAGUCUUCACCUAGUAUAUUGUUGUAUCUCUAGCUGUAAUGUGUUCGUUUGUGCACAAUUCGAUUAUUUUUAAGCUCCUAUGUAAAGUUUUCCACCUAUUUAUAUUAAAACACCUUCAUCGUUAUUAAAUUUUUUUCUUCUUGAAUUGUUUUCUGAAAACAAAACAAGUACGAUUACUUGUAACAAUAGCAAUAUUUAUAGUAAUAGUCCAGGAGUUAGCUUCAUAUUACAAAAAUUCUUAGUCAUUUUAUGUUAAAAUAAUAUUUAACAUAUUAUUUUAUAGGAUGUAAGUAUCUGCCAAAACUAUGCUAACUUGGUUGUUAAGUAUGUAAUACUAAAUAAUCAUACAGUUGUCACCUUUAUUGACUUUUUUUAUGCGUUAUUUUAUAUAAUUUUAUGAAACCUAUGUUUGAUAAAUAGUUACGAUAUCUUUUUGUGUACUAUGAUUAAAACUUUGACCUGUAACGAAUGAUGAAAACACCUUAUGACACUGUUAACAAUAUAAUUAUUUGAUGGGUUUGUUUUAAUUGCUUUUAGUAUUUCGUUAUUGUAAAACUAUACUACAAAAUAUAUGUAUAUAUAUAAUUAUAGGUAACUAAUGCUUUUAAAAAGUUGCGUUUAUCUUUUAUUUGUUAUUCGGAUUUAAGUGACAAAGUAUUUUAUAAAUCGUUAAUUAUUUUGUUAACAGCCAGAUCCGGUGUGAAAUAAGUAGUAAUAGUAUGGAACUGAUGACUAUAUGAUGGAGCUCACAUGCUUCUAAUAGUGAUAAGUAAUAUAUUUGGAUUUUUUUUUGUUAUACCAUAAAUUUAAUAAAUCAUUUUAAAAUACAGUUGUUGUUAACAAAUGCUUCAUAUAUUUUACUCUCAACACUUGAAUUUAACUACUUGUAGUUGCUUCUCAUACUGAGAUUAAUAGACGGUACUUAGACUUUGCUCAGACUAAUCUAGAGAGUUAAGUCUCAGUUCGUUAUAUAAACAUAGCUUUGAGUGCUAGCUAAGCACAGGCUUAAGUCCACCAUAACGAAGACUUAGGAAAAACUCAGACUAUAAGCCGAACAAAAAAAAAUCAACAAUUCCUUGCGUCAUCACAAUAGCUCGACGUUUUAAAAUUCUCGUAUAAUACAAGCAUCGGUAUAGUUAGGUGUAUGUUACUAGUCAUUGAUAUGUAGGUAUGUGUUUGUACAAUUUUGCUGUCACGUAUCCGAAAAUGCGUUCCGUUUCUCAUGCCAAAUAUGUUAACAAGACCGCAAAUCGCAUAAACAAAACUAAUAAUCAAAGUUUGGGAUACUGUUAUAAUUUGAGUAUACUUUCUAUUGUAAAAAAUUGUUUAAUAAUAAUCGACAAUAUACUGUGUAUAAUUAAACUUGCGCUUAACCUUUCAAUUGGACUAUCUUAGUUGAGCAGCUCAGUGUAAUCUCAGCUUUGGCUAUAAAUAACAAAUUAAACGUUGCGCUAAGCUUGAGUUCGGCUGAGUUUUACUUAAGUAAAGUCUGAGCAAAGUUUAAGUACGGUCUAUAGAUCUCUCCCUUACUUGAGUCGCGCAGGCGUUAGUCGAAACGUUCUAUCGCAUUUAAAAAAUGAAAUAAAGAGUAUUUUGAUAGCCAAGGUACAAUGCAAGAUAUGACUGACCCGGGCUACGCUCUCCUAUUCGAAGCUGUAUAUAAUAUGUAGGUAUUGUACAUGUGUAUUCAAGUUCAUAGUGUAGGUACAUAUUAUUGCUUUCAACAAAACAAUAUACAAAAAAGUGCGUGUGUACUUAUGUAUGCACGCAAGAAGUUAUACUUCUUUAGCCUAACAAAGGCUUAUUCUGCAUUUGUAGAAAGAACAAUAUUGUAAAAAUCUUGCAACAAUGGCUUUGACAAUUAAUUAUUAAAUAACGAAUAUGGCUGUAUGGGCUUGAACCCUUUGUCUAUCCUAAUAAUGGACGAAGAUACCGAAAAAUAAAUAACGAAUGUCGCAAAUGUCAGAAAAUUUUAGGAACCAACUUCACCCUGUUACUUUUGUGUGAUAGUGAUGCGCGCGCAUCUUAAUAUUUCACUCUCAUCAUUUAUUCAUAACGUGCCUAAAGAAGUAUAACUUCAAUAAGUAUAGACUAGUUACGCUGCGCCGUAUCAUGUUACAUGAAAAUAUAUAGCUAAUUAUAAAUGAUACUAUAAUAAGUCUGGUAAGUAAAGCGCCACCUUCACGAGCGAGUGAAUUUAUCGUCAUGCCAGAACGCACCUCCGCCUUCGACACGGCGUUACACCAAGUCGCUGAGUGUGAGCAAAACGCGCGUCCUCAUGCACCGGUCGUGUUCCGUACAAGCGGGUUUCAGUAGCCUUGUGUUACCGUUAAUCGGGUAGUCGGUGUCGAGGAGAAUGGAGAACAGAGAAUGCACUCGCUCGUGGAAGUGGCGACUUAACUUCGUGUGAGGCCGAGUCUACAUUAUUUAACGAACGAAAGCUAUGUAACAAAGGUUUAACCUUUAGCUGGCUGUGGUUGUUUAGAUUAUGUGAACAUGGCUUUAUCCUAUCAGAGGGCGGAAUGCUCGUUAGAAGGGCGCAUGGUCUGACCAUAGGGGUGACACUAAAUAUACUUAGAUCAUUUAUAAGUCUAGAUAGACUAUAACAGCUGUGAAAACUUCGAAAAAAAGUUUAGAGUUAACCUCUAUUUUGAGAAAUUCACGCACACAAAGUGUCAUAAUCGAGAGCGUAAGACGUAGCUUGUCACGCACACUAAACUAAUAUUCCUGGCCUGUUUUUAUCGGUUGUAUAACAGCAAGAGAUUCCAUCUGGACGUAUAAAUUAAUUAUCCAAGUAAAUAUGUAUAUUCCUUAUUCAAGAUUUAAGUAUAUUUCGAAAUAUAAUUAUAUUCUCUUCGAUAAAUUUGUGUUUGAACAAUAAAUUUACAAAAUUUGUUCUGCUUGUACAGCUUUAUGUCGUAAUCCGCUAUGGUCCGUUUUCAACGUCAACAUAAUUUAUUUAAUAAAUUUAUUUAGAUCAAA